GAAUGCUAACCAGCUUUUUUGAUGCCAGCCUGGCAUUUAUUGUUAUCUGAAGCUAGUUGCUUGCCUUCCCUCCAGGGUUCUAUUUGUGAAUUUUCUACGUCUAUAAAUGGAAACCCUAGCUAACAAGAAAUUAUCGCCUGGGCAGCCUGAUACAGUUCUGUCUCACAACUUGAGUAUGUGAUGUGGUAGGGUGUCUAACAUGUAGCCGGCUAAGGCGCUGCUUUGUGAGAUCUGAAUCCCUUCUCUUCCUUGGAAAUGGAGUUAGGAAAGCACAAACCAGAAGCUUCAACAAGAAACAUUUUGUGGAAUGAGAAGCUAAAGGUUCCUUCUGAAUCUGAAUUUCUGAGGUUCACUUUUGUUCCUUCGUUUGGAAGGCUUCCAACUCAGUUCUACAUCGCUGAUGCCACAACAUUUCUUGCAGAGGGACUUGUGGAUAGAAACUCUCGAGAAAUUACUGGGCACAAGGCCGAAGCAGUUCCUGGAGAUCAGGUCGUAGGAAGUGGAAACGAGGGAAACGGAGGCUUUGCCAGUUGCACAAACAGUCGCCACAAACUUUUCCAAGCCAAAGAUCACAAGGCAAGCAGAGGGGAAAUGGAAGGGGAUGACCUUUUCAAAGCUGAAUUUGUCUUCAUUACGGAUUCGGAUGAGGACAAAAACACUCCACUAGGCAACGGAUAUGGACAUGGAAGAUCUAAGGGUCUGGAUGCAUCCUGUUUGUCUCCAAGUGGCGAAUCCAGAGGACAUCCGACAGCCCCACAGUUACCACUGCACACUGAGAUCUCUUACAGUUCUGUCAGCCAACAGAAACAGUCUCAGUUAACUUCUCCUCUGUCUACCUCUGAUCAUCCUUCUUAUAAGCCACUUGUUGCUCAUUUGCUUUUUCCAACUAACCUGACGGUAGAACAGGACCCGUCUCCCGCUGUCCACCAAGCCUCUUCUCUUCAAGAAUCCCACAGCCAAUGGCAGUCUGCAAAUGGGUCCUCUGUACGCCAGACAUCUACCUAUUUACAGUCUACUGCUUCUUACAGCCUCCCUUCUCCCAUAUUGCAAAGACCUUCUUUCCCAAGUCACAGCCUUUCAGAUGGGGCUCAGUUGCCCAGUGGUCUCCAGGCUAGGAAUCUUCCCCAGAAAUAUGAGCUCACCUCAUCCCCUUUAUCAAGCAAAGACUCGUGCCCUUCUUCCCCACAGGCUCACAGUUCAGCAGACACGCUUCAGAGCUCAUCUCCUCAGGCCGCUUCUCCUCUCCCGCCCAAGAGGUUUGCCCCCUUGUCUGUGGUUCCCAUCUAUAUCACGACACACUUAUUAUCCCCUAGUCCAAAGCCUCUGUCUUCUCCUCUUCAUGGUUCCUCCUCCACCAUCUAUAGUGUCAACAACCCUGGUAGCCAAAUGUCUUCCAGUGGGAACCUUCUGAAAUCCGGAACUAAAUCGCCACUACCAACCAGACUCUCUCUUCUGACUGCUAUUUUGAAGUCAGGAUCCACUCCGAAAAGACCCUUUUCUCCUGCAUCUUGCCCUGCUACAUUUUCUCCCAAUUCCCUGGGCUCUUCAACGCUGGCAAUAGACCAAAAGUUUAAAAUGACCCCUCCGACCCCUAAGAAAGCUGCCUCAGAGUAUUCAAUUAGGUCCGCCUCUCCUAGUCAAGAGGAAUUUCGUCUUUCGGUGUUUUCUACCAUGCCCAAUCGCAUGGCCUCAUUUUCAAAAUCCAGCCCUACUCUUAGAACCAGGUCCCCGUCUCCUAAAAAGCACCUUGACACCAGGGCGCUUUCCCCUGACAAAUUGUGCCCUUUGUCACCCACCAUUUCUUCCUAUAGAAAAACAGUUGUGUCUCCUCUGUUACAGUCAAAAUCUCCCACUUUCUCCUUGCCUCCCCAUGCCCCUAGGAAAGGGGCCCACUCUCCUGCCCACAAAGCCCGAGGGCCUGAAAAGUCUAAGAAGGUGCAUACCUAUUCCCCCACUUUUACCGCUAAGUCCUAUCCACUGUCUCCUCCCGGUGUUAGCCAAAGGGACGCCAUUUCCCCCACUGCAGACAAGGGCUCUCUCUCUCCAACCGUAAUGCAUUCUAGCUGCCGGUCAAACGGAUGUAUACCGCAAGCCAUUGUUAAGGACCCAGCUACCAAUUCGCCAGGUCUUUCACCUCAUUGGCAAGCUUCUCAUACAGAUUCGACUUCACCCACUCUUCCAGGCUAUCGUAUUAAAGCCCCUUCUCCACACAGAGAGUCCUCCUCUGUUCAUUCAAACUUCCGAGCUUGCCCUCCAUCUUCAAGACCCAGGACCCCAACAGUACCACAUCACAGAUCUCCUGCCACGGUGCACUCACCUUGUUCAUUGUUGUCAGGCUCCAGGGAGGUGACUUCACCGCUGUCUUUCUCGCUGCCUUCUGCCUCUGAGAAUAAGAAGCCCCAGUCACACAAGAUCAAGACAAGCUACAAGGCUUUUGCAGCAAUCCCUACAAACACACUACUUCUUGAACAGAAGGCACUCGAUGAACCAGCCAAAGCAGAAGAAGUUGCAGAAAACAAAUCUUUGGAUACACAUUCAGAGAUGUGCUCCCCUGCGCAGCUCAGGCAACAAACUGAAGAGCUGUGUGCUGCUAUUGAUCAAGUCUUACAGGACCCCCUGUCUAUGCGCCGUUGUGAAUCUUCUCCAGGCUCCCUGCAGAACAUCUUGGAUUCAGAUGCAGGCAAAACAUUGAUGUCUUCACAGAGACCAGCUGGACGGGAAACAAGAUUUGCUAACCUUCGUUCAUUGCAGUCUGCAGCACCUGAGAAGCAAAAGACAAAGCCUGGUGUCAUUCGUCCAACAAUGGUGAAAGCAAAAAUAAUAACGUUAAAGGAAGAGGAACCUGCCCAACCAAACCCAUUCAGAAAGUACCUAGAAGAAACCAGUGGCCUCCAAACUGAACAGGAUUCAUCUCUUUCCCAUCCUUAUUUAUAUACUAAACUGAGCUCUCCUACUAAGUCCCCAUUGCACCCACAGGGACUCUCUCAUGCUGACUUGCUAACUCCUGGUCCAUUCAAUCAUUUGGGUUCCAUCUUUGGCGACAUCCAUGACAGUUCUUAUAGUCCUUACCGUCGCAAUAAUUUGUAUAACAAGCCCACUCAUCCGAUAGUGCCCAUUCCAGAAAAUGAAGCACUCAGCUCCAAAGAGGGCUGUCACUUGUGGGAUGUUCUGUCUGGGAGCUGGAACAGACAUGAUUUCGGAUUAGAAGUUAAUUGUAGGGAAUGCUACUUACCAGUCUGCUGCGAUGCUGACAUGAGAUCUAUGCUGAAGUGAGCUGAAGUGUUGCAGCUUAAAAAUGGCCUCUCUCUGUAUUCGUUGUAAAAUAUCAGUAGCAUACCACAAGUAAUCAGGAACUCAACAGUGAAUAUACAGUGAAAUGAUUGUUGAAAAAUUCUGUAUAACUUCCUGAAGUGUUUUUAAUGCAUGUUGCCUAGAAAAUCAGCUUCGGCUGAUCAGAAAACGAUUUACAUUUUGAAAUUAAAUAAAGUUGAGUUGUAUAUUG